GCUCUCUGAUCCAGUCCUCCCAGCUAGAAACCAGGCUCUUGGUGGGGUAAUGCGCGCGCGCGCGUGUUCUCACGGAGAGAUUGGGAAAGGGGGACGGAGGAGGGGGUCUCUGGGGAGGAAGGGCAGCUCUAAUUGGUUUCUCAAUGAAAGAUAAUCACCUAUUCCCCCGAGAGGCUGGGGAUUAGCACUCUGCUUCUCUCCAUCGCUUUUAGACUUCUCAUCCUUCCCUUGGUGCUUUUAGUCCAUUCAGCAGAAGUGGAUCGAAGAAAGCGGCUCCUCGCGCCGCAUUAGGGACAGCACUCUGCUGCGCUCGAGUACUUAGCGCCCCAUUCACUCACUCAUUCCGCGCUCGCCUCUCGAGGCUGUUGUCCCAGCCGCCGCCGCCCGAGAAAAAGUUUCGCGGAGGGGCUCCGGGAAAAAUGAGCGAGCUGGAGGAAGACUUUGCCAAGAUUCUCAUGCUCAAAGAGGAGAGAAUCAAAGAGCUGGAGAAGCGACUGUCAGAGAAGGAGGAAGAAAUCCAGGAGCUGAAAAGGAAGCUUCACAAAUGCCAGUCAGUGUUGCCCGUGCCCUCGACUCACAUCGGCCCUCGGACCACCCGGGCGCAAGGCAUCUCCGCCGAGCCGCAGACGUAUAGGUCCUUCCAUGACCUCCGACAGGCGUUCCGAAAAUUCACUAAAUCCGAAAGGUCGAAGGAUCUCAUAAAGGAAGCCAUCCUUGACAAUGACUUUAUGAAGAACUUGGAACUGUCCCAGAUCCAGGAGAUUGUGGAUUGUAUGUACCCAGUGGAGUAUGGCAAAGACAGUUGCAUCAUCAAAGAAGGAGAUGUGGGGUCACUGGUGUAUGUCAUGGAAGAUGGGAAGGUUGAAGUUACAAAAGAAGGUGUGAAGCUGUGCACCAUGGGUCCAGGAAAAGUGUUUGGGGAGUUGGCUAUUCUUUACAACUGUACCCGGACAGCGACCGUCAAGACUCUUGUAAAUGUGAAACUCUGGGCCAUUGAUCGACAAUGUUUUCAAACAAUAAUGAUGAGAACAGGGCUCAUCAAGCACACCGAGUAUAUGGAAUUUUUAAAAAGCGUUCCAACAUUCCAGAGCCUUCCUGAAGAGAUCCUCAGUAAGCUUGCUGAUGUCCUUGAAGAGACUCACUAUGAAAAUGGAGAAUAUAUUAUCAGGCAAGGUGCAAGAGGAGACACCUUCUUUAUCAUCAGCAAAGGAAAGGUAAAUGUCACACGAGAAGACUCACCAAGCGAAGACCCAGUUUUUCUGCGAACUUUAGGAAAAGGAGAUUGGUUUGGAGAGAAAGCCCUUCAGGGGGAAGAUGUAAGAACAGCAAAUGUAAUUGCCGCAGAAGCUGUAACCUGCCUUGUGAUCGACAGAGACUCUUUCAAGCAUUUGAUUGGAGGGUUGGAUGAUGUAUCUAAUAAAGCAUAUGAAGACGCAGAAGCUAAAGCAAAAUAUGAAGCUGAAGCUGCUUUCUUCGCCAACCUGAAGCUGUCUGAUUUCAACAUCAUCGACACCCUUGGAGUUGGAGGUUUCGGACGAGUAGAACUGGUCCAGUUGAAAAGUGAAGAGUCCAAAACAUUUGCUAUGAAGAUUCUCAAGAAACGCCACAUUGUGGAUACCAGACAGCAGGAGCACAUCCGCUCGGAGAAGCAGAUCAUGCAGGGUGCUCAUUCCGACUUCAUCGUCAGACUAUACAGAACAUUCAAGGACAGCAAAUAUUUGUACAUGUUGAUGGAAGCUUGCCUAGGUGGAGAACUCUGGACCAUUCUCAGGGAUAGAGGUUCAUUUGAAGAUUCUACAACCAGAUUUUAUACAGCAUGUGUCGUAGAAGCUUUUGCCUAUCUGCAUUCCAAAGGAAUCAUUUACAGGGACCUCAAGCCAGAAAACCUCAUCCUAGAUCAUCGAGGUUAUGCCAAACUGGUUGAUUUUGGCUUUGCAAAGAAAAUAGGAUUUGGAAAGAAAACAUGGACUUUUUGUGGAACUCCAGAGUAUGUAGCCCCAGAGAUCAUCCUGAACAAAGGUCAUGACAUUUCAGCCGACUAUUGGUCCCUGGGAAUUCUAAUGUAUGAACUUCUGACUGGCAGCCCACCUUUCUCAGGCCCAGAUCCUAUGAAAACCUAUAACAUCAUAUUGAGGGGAAUUGAUAUGAUAGAAUUUCCAAAGAAGAUUGUCAAAAAUGCUGCUAAUUUAAUUAAAAAACUAUGCAGGGACAAUCCGUCAGAAAGAUUAGGGAAUUUGAAAAAUGGAGUGAAAGACAUUCAAAAGCACAAAUGGUUUGAGGGUUUUAAUUGGGAAGGAUUACGAAAAGGCACGUUGACACCUCCUAUAAUACCAAGUGUUGCAUCACCCACAGACACAAGCAAUUUUGACAGUUUCCCUGAGGACAGUGACGAACCACCACCUGAUGACAAUUCAGGAUGGGACAUAGACUUCUAAUGUAUUUCUCUUACCUGCUUCUGCCUUGCUGAAGACAGCUUUUUCUGAGACACAGCUGCCAGCAAACCUGAGGGAAAGGGAGAAGAUUAGUGCUCGGGGUCACCAUGAUGCCUUUGAUCGAUGCUGCUCCAGUAAACUACAGUGGCAUUAGGACUUAUUGCUUAGAUGACAGUAGUGCUCUUUACAUGUUUUCUGUUUGAAUCUAAAAUAGCAGUUGACAUGGUGGUCCUGAAGCAAAGCCUUUCACCAGUAAGGAGAUGUUUUCUAUUGUUACAAUGAUCUUGCUUUGCUCCGAUUAUAAUUUGAAAGACUGUAAGAAACACUUCAAUCCAGUAAUAGUCUGUACCUUGCUAGAAUCAUCAAUAAGAUCAAAGAAUAAUAUAUUAGGUACGAUAGAUUUCUGUGGUACAGACACUGGGCUAUUCCCUUUCUUCAAAUGAGUGUUGUGAGAUAUAUUACUGCAAGCCAGUGUAUAUACCGUACAAAAGAGGACCACACAUCUGUUGGUCACAGAGUUCGUGUCAAACCAGUGCUAGACGUUUCACAAUUUUAUUUCCCAGCAGUGCUGAUGACGAGACUGAAUGUUACCUUUUCUUUCUGAUAGAUUUUAAAAAUUGAUAUGAUAAAAGCACAACUGCUUUGGAUUCUGCUGAGAACACUGUGUUUUCAGAAAGGAUUGAAAAAAAUGCAUGAUGUUUGUUUCUUUUUGAUAAAUUGGCAUGAUAGAGUGGGAAAAGAAGCAAUUCAUAAAAACCAUUUCAUAUUUUUUUAAAAUAUUGUGCUUAAGGAUGGUCCUGGAAAUAAAUGACUAGCAGCCAAUUGGUUUUAUUUAUUACCUAACAUACCCUCAAACUGAGGCUUAAAAUAUUCCCUUUUAUAAAAAUAAGCCCUUGGGGGUAGGAUGGGGUGGGGUGGGGAGGAAUUAUGACCCAUCCAAAAAUAAAAAUAAACAAUAUAGGUGCUAUGUAUAUCUUUCAUCUGUAAAUGUCAGUGUCUGAAGAGACAACACAAAUUCUAAUCAUUACAUGUGUAGCCAGAGACUCAAUCAUUUUCACUAAAUUUAUUAAACCAAACUCCUGUCAGAUUUCACUUACACCAUGUAGUCUAGGAUUGAGGGAGGAAGGUGAUUAAAAGCCUAAUUGAACUAACUUCUUAUCUUAGGCCUGAACCAAAAAUAAAAUCAAAUAAAGAAAGCACAAAGUCAAAAUUAUUAAGAUUUUUUCAGAUGAGGAGCACUAUUUACGUGAGGUCAGGGAACAAGACAAGAACCCGGACAGGUGCUGAUUACCUUUUUGUGAGUGAGCCAAUAUGAGUCUAUGCACAUGUGCAAGUAGGAAAGGAGUAUAGAGAAAAUCAGGGACCUGAUUUCUUAAAAAUAAACUUCAGCUAAAUAAGAGCAGAAAUGUUGUUAUCCUGAAAUGCCAUACUAGCCUGAAAAGACUGUAUUUGAAAACAUCAAACUGAUUUGCUUUUUCACAUGGGGAAAAGAAUCAGCAAUUUAAACUGAGUCCUUUGUUGGCAGACAGGUUGACUAUCAGCUGUAAAAGGAGCAGGGCCUGUGAAGGUUUUCCUGGACAAAUGGCAUCGUACCUGUAUAGACAAGUGCGAGGUCUUACAAGCUGUUAUACGCCCUUGGGACUGUGUAUGAAUUCGGUAUAUUGAAUAGAUAUUUAGCCUUUUUCCAGUACAGAGAUGAAACAAAAUCAACCAAAUAUAGACAUUUUUACAAAAAAAAAAGUCAAAUUAGAUCAUUAUACCAUAGCCAAGAAAGCAUACGAUUUUCUUUUUAAUCUGUUAUACUCAAGACCACUUUAGAAUGUGGUGUCUUCUCAAAAUAUAAUACUAAGACACAUUUAUAGGAUAAAAUUAUUAAGGGGAAAAAAUAUACUAAGGACAUAUUAUAUAUAAUUAGAAUAAAAUUAGAUGGAAACUUUGAUCCUAAGAGGUUCUUGCUACUCUUGUGUUAUUGGAGUUUUCCAGCUUAGGCAAUUUCUCAGAAUCGGUUUAUUCCCCCAAGAUAAUCACUUUCUUCCACAGAUGUUAGACUAUAAAAUUACACAUCUCAGCUGAAAACCUAAAUUUGAAUACCAUUUCAGAAGCUGUAUAUUCUUUCUAAAGUGGGCUUUUAAAAAUGCAUUUCCAGCGUUAUAGUCAAAGUUCAGAAAUUUUUGUGAAGACAUAGUGUGGUUUAGGCAUGUUAGAGGUUUGCUAGAACAUUAAAGUAACCCAGUCGUUAUAUGGAGCCCUGGUGGCUCAGUGGUUAAGAGCUCUGCUGCUAACCAAAAAAUCGGCAGUUCAAAUCCACCAGCUGCUCCUUGGAAAGCCUAUCGAACAGUUCUACUCUAUCCUAUGGGGAGGGUGACUAUGAGUCAGAAUCGACUUGACGGCAACAGGUUUCUUUUUGUUUUUCUUUUUUUGAGUCAUUG